AUGCAGCUGUUGGAAAUUGGCGGUGCCCAUGCCUUACACAUUUGGCUAGGGAUUCCCAUCGUUAUUCGAAUUUUCUUGGAUGAGUACGAUCCCUCUGGAAGAGUCUUUCACAGUCCACAAUCGCGGAGUCUGUGCUGUGGCAUUAUCGUCUGUUGCAUUCUGGUGACCAUCCUUCGCAACCCAGCCCGUCGAUUGGGUAUGGACGAAGAAGAGGAAGACUUGGAAGUGCAGUUCGGAAAACGAAAACGCUCCCUGGUGUCGCAAUUGGCCGAGUCGGCAUCCAACACGGUCCGGUCGUCCAGCAGCGGCAUGUUUCGCAACGCACUCUUUAUCAGUACCUUGUUUUGGAUUUCUUGGCCACUCAAUGAGUCCACCAAGAACUUUGCCGUGCUGGGAGCCAACACCAAUGUCUGUGAUGCGGAGGAUACGCAGUGCCGCAUCAAGAAUCACUACGGACCUCCCAUUUGUUGUAUCAGUCCCUCCUUUUGUGACGCGCGAGCGCACAAUUGGAUCUACCAACAAGGAGGAACGGCACAAGCCUACAAACCGGACGAACCCAUUUCCAAUCUGAUUUGCAAUGCCACAGAGAUUGUGGAAGAGAAACAAAUGAAACACAAAGUGGCCACUUGGCCUUUUUCGCGUUCGACACGGAAAUCACCUCCUCUGGUCAAUCUCAAACUCAACUUGAUGCGAUGCAGCAAAGAAGGAGAUGAAGAAGAUCUAUCCGAAGAAAACGACAAUCAGGAGGAUCCAGAAACCCAACUGGACGCCACUGCUACGGAUUGCUGUUGCCGACCCUUGCUAGCGAGUCAGGAAAACGCGACGAUUGAAAUUUGGCAAACUCGACCAGAUGGAACCUAUUCUUCGUUGCGGGCGGGAAGUGACGACGGUGAUUGUCGUGCAAGAUGGAUUGCGACGGGGGAAUCAGCCGUCGAGGAACAAGAACAGCAGCAACAACAACACAGCAACAACAGCAACUGCCAUUGA